UUGGUCAGUAGAUCACUUCCGCCCUCAGUAAACAUGGCGGCUCCGAGUAGACGACAAGUGCUGAGGUUUAUCUCUCAGUCCGGAGCAUUUAUUUUGACUCGGUUCGGUUUCUGGAACUGCUUCAGCAUGCUUAUGCUUUUUGCCGAGCGGGCCGAUGUACAAAGGAAGCCGGAUAUCCAGGUACCGUACUUGUACUUUGACAUGGCAGCAGCAGUGUUGUGUGCCAGUUUCAUGUCUUUCGGGGUGAAGAGGAGAUGGUUUGCGCUCUGUGCCGCAUUACAGUUGGCAUUCAGCACGUACGCAUCCUACAUCGGUGGUCACGUCCUUUAUGGAGACUGGUUAAAGGUGAGGAUGUACUCCAGGGUCAUGGCUGUUAUUGGAGCUUUUCUAGUGCUGGCCAGUGGUGCAGGGGAAGUGUACAGGCAGAAACCACGUACACGCUCGCUACAGUCCACCGGCCAAGUCUUCUUAGGAAUCUACUUAAUCUGCAUGGUUUACUCCCUCCAGCACAGUCAGGAGGACAGAUUGGCGUACUUGGAUCACAUCCCUGGUGGCGAGAUCACCGUUCAGCUCCUGGUCAUUCUUUUUGGUGUGCUCGCUCUCUCCUUCCUCUCAGGGUACUACGUGAGUUUAGCCUCUCAGAUAUUAGCCGUGCUCCUCCCGUUGAUCAUUCUGUUCGUUGACGGAAAUAUCGGCUACUGGCACAACACGCGCCGCGUCGAGUUCUGGAACCAAAUGAAGCUGAUUGGACACAACGUGGCCAUCUUCGGAGCUGUGCUUAUACUUGGUACAGAUGGCUAAACACAUGAAGAGAGAACAUUAGCUUAGCACAAAUAGUGGCUUAUAGCUACACCCAAACUACAUAAAACUGCACUGAACAGUUGCUCCAAAUUAUGUGCUAAUAGCGAAUUAGCGGGGCAGCUCUUGAGUUCUACAUCAUCCAAACCAAACAUAGAUGGCUUUGCAUCUGCCACUAUUCAGUUUGAACUUGGAUACUGACAUGACAUGCUGUUUUCAAAUACUGUACUAAAAUCAUGUUUGUCACCUGUAUCUCAGGGUUGAAUAGAAAGUCGUGUCAUUAUUAUAAUUUCUGGCAGGUAAUUGACAUUUUUUGCCACCUAAUUUUAAAGAAAAGUCUGGGUUGAAACCAGCGAUUGAACCCUAAGAGACUGUUUACAUUUCAUUUCAGCUUUUUUUUAAAUACUGAAACAUAUGGUCUUUAAGAAGUCUUAAAUGUUUGUUUGUUAAGUCCAGUUCUGUUUUAAAAGGCUAUUCUGCCCUUUCUGAUGCUGUAUAGUAUGUUUUUUGUCAGCUUUCUGAAGCGAUCCCAACACUGCUCCAUUCCUGGCAGCUCAUAGCACUAUGUUUUUUCAAAAUGAAAUAUCAAUGUGUUGUCCUUUAAUUAAAUUAAAGUUUUCUAUUUGAAA